GAAAUCACGGGAGACCGGGAUAACGCUACAAGUCCGCAUCCUCUCUCAUCAUAAUGUGAACCAGGGCGUGUUGUGCGCUGACGUCAGGGAGUCCUGAGGUUGUUUUGGAGGAAGUGAAGAGCAGCUAGCGUCAAUGUAACGUUAGCCCCAACGGAACAAGGCAAAAUAUACACUUGGGCCAAUUCUGCUCCUGUCAAACGACAACCGUGCCAAACAGACAGUGGCCGUGUUUAGGAUUUAUGAGGCGUGUGUUGCGAGGCUACACUACUGAAACCGCGUAGCCGUAUACGUGGUUCCGAAAAACGUUUUAUCACUCGUUUGAUUUAGCUAGUUAGCUAGCCUGAGUGUUGCAGACAAUUGUCGAUUGUACGAAACAGAAAGACGACUUUUGCCAUUAUCAAGAUCAAGGGACUCUCAUCAAGGCACAAUGACGUCUAGAAAGAAAGUCCUACUGAAAGUCAUCAUCCUUGGAGACUCUGGAGUUGGGAAGACCUCAUUGAUGAACCAAUAUGUGAAUAAGAAGUUCAGUAACCAAUAUAAAGCAACAAUAGGCGCAGACUUCCUGACAAAAGAAGUCAUGGUGGACGACAGACUUGUUACAAUGCAGGUAAUGAGGGGGAUAAACAGGCAUGGUACAAUGCAGGUAAUGAGGGGGACGAACAGGCUUGUUACAAUGCAGAUCUGGGACACUGCCGGCCAGGAGAGGUUCCAGUCGCUAGGUGUGGCCUUCUACCGUGGAGCAGACUGCUGCGUGCUUGUAUUUGAUGUGACCGCACCCAAUACAUUCAAGACCCUAGACAGCUGGAGGGACGAGUUCCUGAUCCAGGCCAGCCCAAGAGACCCAGAGAAUUUCCCCUUUGUGGUUCUUGGCAAUAAGAUUGAUCUGGAAAACAGACAGGUGACAACCAAACGAGCCCAGGCUUGGUGUCAGAGUAAGAACAACAUCCCCUACUUUGAGACAAGUGCCAAAGAGGCCAUCAACGUGGAGCAGGCUUUCCAGACCAUUGCAAGGAACGCUCUCAAACAGGAGACUGAAGUGGAGUUGUACAAUGAGUUCCCUGAGCCAAUAAAGCUGGACCGGAACGAAAGGGCCAAGCCUUCAGCAGAGACCUGCAGCUGCUGAGGACUCUGGAGACCUCUCUGGGGGAGGGAGAGAUGCUAAGCCUUCCCCACCCAUCUUGCCUUGUCUAUACACCCACCUCUCCCCUUGUCCCACUGUGUUACCCCAUGUCCGACAUUAUCACUUGCCUUUGUAGAUAUAAGCAGCAUCCCUCUUAGACUAUACUACUAUUACUACAACACAUACAUGCUGUACACGUCACUCUAUGUACACAAGAUGACACAUUUUCUAUUGAGUCAACUAGCCCAAAGAACACUGAGGAGACAUCAUGAUGUUUACUUUCAUGAUGCUUAUUACAUGCCAGUGUUUCCUUGUACUGUUUUGCAGCGUUGGUGGUUUCUGGUCAUUCAGAUGAACGAUUCUGUGUCCCCUUUCCCUGUUUUGCAUCCUGAUUUUGUUUCUAACACUGCUUUUACUUGUACACUAUUAUUAUUAUUACUAUCAUUAAAACAAUGCUACAUCUAGGCAUUAGUCUGAUACUUAUGAUAUAAAGUGAGAAACGACCAGCAUUUGAACAAGUCUCUGGUAGUGGUGGUCCACCUCCACCACCACUGCUGCAUGAAUAUAAUGGACACAUCAGGGCUCCACUUUACUCCUCAGUCUGGUGGUUCCAAAGACGACUUGUGUUUGGUUCAGUAGCAUCAGCUUACCUCAUCCACAAGAAUCCAAUGACAUAUCAAGUAUAAUUCAAGUAUAAGUAUAAUUAUAAAUUUUUUAAGUUGCGAAAGAUGAAAAUCAGUUGUUAGGCGUAGAAGUGUGACUCCUGUGCGGCCCACAUAUUCUUGCAUUAAUUGGUUAAGAGAAAAUGUUCAAAAGUCAUGUUUCUCACUUGCUGGUUAAAUUUAGCAAGGUGGUUUUUGAGGCCAAUACAUUUACAUAAUCAUAGCUUGUAGCAGAUACCAUAUGGAUUAUCACUUCUGCUCUGUAAUAUAGCUGUCCACAUCCAAUUCCUGUUUUCUUAAGUGCAAGACAAAUUCUCAUGUUUUUUGGGGGGUCAAUAGCAAAACGUCUUACUAUAUCAACUAAUCAAGACGAUUCAGUGUUUAAGUUGGCAGGUUUGUUUUCAAGCAUUAAUAAUUUAGAACCAUGAUUUAAUACUUUAUUUUCUCCUGCCAACUGUGUCAACACUUUGUAUAUUUGAAAACCUCCAUGGUUUGUGGGGAAGUCAAGCUGUCUAUCUCCAUCUCCGUCUGCCAACUGCAUAUGUUGACGGACGAUUAAGUGCUUAAUGUUUCUUUCAUGUAAUUGGCUCAUCUGUUCUUAUGUUUAGAAUUUGAAUUGCAUCUUAGGACAUGAUAGGAUACGUACAAAAAUAUCAAAAUAUCUUUGGUGUUAGCAUUUAUCAUUACAAUAUAAAUAUGGUAAAUGCAUAGCAUCUACCUUGUUUGAAAAUGUCUUUGCAUAAUAAUGGUAAUAAAAAAAAUCUUGAACUAAUUGGA